AACUCCAUUACCAUCCAAACUGCCAUUAUCAUUAAUCACUCUUCUUUAAAUCUCCUCACACCCAUCACUGAACCCCCCAGCACUAUGGCUGCAUUAACACUAACACACAACCUUCUUUUCGCUCCAACCCCACCUCUCAAAACCCUAAAACCCCACCAAAAACCAAAACCCCACAACCUAACCAUCGCCGCCACCUCCAUCUCCGGCCGCAAACUCCGCGCCGCCGUGAUAGGCGGUGGUCCAGCUGGUUCCUCCGCCGCAGAAGCAUUAGCAGCAGGCGGAGUGGAAACUUUCCUCUUCGAACGCAGCCCUUCCACAGCUAAGCCAUGCGGUGGGGCUAUCCCUCUCUGUAUGAUCGACGAGUUUUCCAUCCCUCUUCACCUCGUGGACCGACAUGUCACUCGCAUGAAGAUCAUCUCUCCUUCGAAUCUGACCGUUGAUUUCGGUUCCAGGACUUUAAAGUCUCACGAGUUUAUCCCCAUGUUGCGCCGCGAAGUACUGGAUUCUUUUCUCCGAUCUCGCGCUCAAUCCAACGGUGCUCAUUUUAUCACUGGCCUCGUAACGGAUAUUGAGGUGCCUGAUUUUUUUUCUUCCAAACCCUAUGUUAUCCACCACACGAUUAAUAAUCGUAAACAAUCGUUAGCCGUUGAUUUGAUUGUUGGUGCUGAUGGAGCCAAUAGCAGGGUAGCGAAGAUUAUUGAUGCUGGGAACUACAGUUGUGCCAUUGCGUUCCAGGAGAGAAUCAAAUUGCCGGAUGAGAAAAUGGAGUAUUAUCAAGAUCUCGCGGAAAUGUAUGUCGGGAAUGACGUGUCGCCUGAUUUUUAUGCGUGGGUGUUUCCAAAAUGUGACCACGUGGCGGUGGGGACAGGUACGGUGUGUGCGAGGCAGAAUAUUAAGGUGUAUCAAAGAGGGAUUAGGGAGAGGGUCAGGGAGAAGAUUAAGGGUGGGAAAGUGAUUAAAGUGGAGGCGCACCCGAUCCCCGAGCACCCACGCCCGAGGCGCGUGCGUGGACGUGUGGCGCUUGUAGGGGAUGCAGCGGGGUAUGUGACCAAGUGUUCAGGAGAAGGGAUAUAUUUUGCGGCGAAAUCAGGGAGAAUGUGUGGGGAGGCUAUUGUGAAGGCUUCGGAAGGAGGGGAGAAAAUGAUUAGUGAGGAGGACUUGAAGAGGGAGUACUUGAGAGAAUGGGACAGGAAGUAUGUGAAUACAUUUAGGUUUUUGGAUCUGUUGCAAAAAGUGUUUUAUGGGAGUAAUGUGGGUAGAGAAGCCUUGGUGGAGUUAUGUGGGGAUGAGUAUGUGCAGAGGAUGACAUUUGAUAGUUACUUGUAUAAAAAGUUGGCUACUGGAGAUAGAUGGGGUGAUGUGAAAUUGGUUUUGAAUACUUUUGGGAGUUUGAUGAGAUGUAAGGUUUUAGGAAGGGAGAUGGAGGCUUUGAAGCUGUAAGCUAAGAGUUUUGCUCUUCUUGUUUUAGGGCAAGUUCUCUGUUGUAUGAUAAGUGACAAGCCGCCAUAAACCCUUUGGGAUGUAUGUGAAGCUUUGUUAAGCGAAGAUGUACUUGAUCAAUGUUGUGUUCAUGCAGGCCAUUUUUCAUUUUUUUUUGCAGGGGAGGAGGAGGAAGGGAGAGUGGAUGUAGCAAGCCUCCUUCCCAAUGUUCUUUUGGAAAUUUGAAGUAGCUAUAGCAAAAAUCUGUACGUUCCACAUAUAAUUUCCUUCAACCUUCCAACUAGAAGACAACCGGGAGCUGGAUGUUGCUAGCUAAUGAUUUCAUUGUACUUUGGAAUGGAUACGAAGAUUGGUUCAAAGCCAAAAUUGGGUUUCAUCGCUGUUGUAUUCAAGAGAAUCAUCGAUCGUCUUUUUCUCAGAAAGAUGAGGAGGAAGGUUGUGGAAGUUGGAGAGGGUGGAUGUAGAAGGGCGUAUGCUAAAUAAAUGCCUUGGAAAGUUGCAGGAGUGGUCGAACAGCUGGUAUUCUGCGAGUAAUUUCCUCCAAACUUCCAACUUGAAUGCAUCAUUAUUAAUUGUGCUUAGAGGUUUUUAUUUUAUUUUUAUUGUUGGAAAGAGGAGUUUAUGAUCC